AGUCCCUGCUGGAAGCUGUGCGGCUCAACAGCGUUCCUGAAGUGGAAAGGUUGUUGCAAGAAGGAACUAGUGUAAACACCCGACAUAAACUUGGCUGGACUGCUCUGAUGGUAGCAGCGAUAAACAGAAAUUCAAGCAUGGUGAAGCUUCUGCUUGCGGGUGGAGCUGAUCCAAACCUGGGGGAUGAGUUCAGCAGCGUCUAUCAAACUGCCAAGGAGAAGGGGAUCCAUUCUUUGGAAGUGCUGGUCACCCGGGAAGAUGACUUCAACAACCGCUUGAACAAUCGGGCCAGUUUCAAGGGCUGCACGGCUUUGCAUUACGGCGUGCUGGCUGAUGACUACACCACAGUCAAGUUGCUCCUCGAAGGAGGUGCCAGCCCCCUGCAGAGAAAUGAGAUGGGGCACACGCCCUUGGAUUAUGCCCGCGAGGGAGAAGUCAUGAAACUCUUGAAAGCUUCAGCAUCAAAGUUCCAGGAGGAGAAGCGCAGGAGAGAGAUAGAGGAGCGCCGGCGGUUUCCACUCGAGCAGCGACUGCGAGAACACAUUAUUGGCCAGGAGAGCGCCAUAGCAACUGUUGGAGCCGCCAUCCGGAGAAAGGAAAAUGGAUGGUAUGAUGAGGAACAUCCACUGGUCUUCCUCUUCCUGGGGUCAUCAGGAAUAGGUAAAACUGAGCUGGCCAAGCAGACUGCCAAGUACCUGCACAAAGAUGUCAAGAAGGGUUUCAUCCGCUUGGACAUGUCGGAGUUUCAGGAACGACACGAGGUGGCCAAGUUUAUUGGCUCUCCCCCAGGCUACAUUGGCCACGAGGAAGGGGGACAGCUCACAAAGAAGCUGAAGCAGUGCCCCAACGCCGUGGUCCUCUUUGACGAAGUGGACAAGGCCCACCCAGACGUCCUGACCAUCAUGCUGCAGCUGUUUGAUGAAGGCAGGCUGACAGACGGGAAGGGAAAGACCAUCGACUGCAAAGAUGCCAUCUUCAUCAUGACAUCUAAUGUGGCCAGUGACGAGAUUGCCCAGCACGCUUUGCAGCUGAGGGAAGAGACCAUGGAGCUGAGUCGGAAGAGGAUUGCUGAAAAGCUGGAUGAUGUCCAGGUGACAGACAAGAUAACCAUCUCCAAGCAGUUCAAGGAGAACGUGAUUCGCCCCAUCCUGAAGGCUCACUUUCGAAGAGAUGAGUUCCUCGGGAGGAUCAAUGAAAUUGUCUACUUCCUCCCCUUCUGUCAGUCGGAGCUGAUCCAGCUGGUCAACAAGGAGCUGAGUUUCUGGGCCAAGCGGGCCAAGGCGAGGCACAACAUCACUCUGGUGUGGGACAGGGAGGUGAUGGACGUGCUGGCCGACGGCUACAACCUGCACUACGGGGCCCGUUCCAUUAAGCAUGAGGUCGAGCGUCGGGUGGUGAACCAGCUUGCUGCGGCCUAUGAGCAGGACCUUCUACCCCACGGGUGCACCUUGAGGAUCACGGUGGACGACUCAGACAAGCAGCUGUUAAAGGCCAAGGACACCUCCCUGUCCAUGGAGGGCCAGCGGAAGGGGCCGACGCUGCGGCUGGAAAUACUGGAGGACAGCAAAAGCCGGAAACUGGACAUCCAAGCCCCCCUGAUACCUGACGAAGCCUCCUACCCCUCAUAGGACAGGGGUGGCCCUUAGCCAUCCUCUCGCUGAGCCCUUGGCGCCCGAGGGCAGGACCACAACAAGCAGUUGGUAAUAAAGCAAUCAUGAGACAUAGAAGCCCAGUGGGAAUGCGGUUUUCUCUGGAGGGAGGCCCGGAGGGCAGUUAUUCUGUAGCUCUAGCACCCUCCAGAUACUGCCUGGGUGUAUGGGAGUUGUAGUCCAGAGCAUCUGGAGGGGGUCAGAGGGAGGAAAGUCACCUUAGUUUGUCACAGGAAGCGGGUUGCCGAACUGGGUGAUUCCACAGAGAAUACAUGGGAAGACUCAAUUCCAUGUAUGUGUCAUGGCUCAGGUGGUGGGGUAAUUCCUUGCCCCAUCAUCCGAGCAGCCUGGCUCGGUUGAGUGUGUAUUCUUUGCUCCAGAAGGACCUCCACCUGAUGCUUUUCUCCAUUAUGAAUAGAAGGGUGGCAGGAGGGGAGUUGUUUCCAGCCACAACGGCAGUAGAGAGAGGUUUAAAUUAUUGUAAUAAAUGCAACGUGCACCUCAA